CACACGCGAACUGCAGGGUGAACCGAAGAUUCUUGUUUGUAACGUUUGUCAAUAAAACGUAACAUAACCUACGUUUGGCCACGAUAACAUAACCUCAGCUUAUCUCGGACGAAACGUGCGGUGUGAUGCAACACGUAAGGAUGACAUACGCAUUUUUAAAUGACAAUGUGCGACCGGUAGUAAAAUGUUAACUUGAAAAAUGUUACUCAUCAGCGAAUAAACGCUUUAUGUCGCAAAAUGGCGUUGUCCGUGCGCGCGUUGUAAAUGUUAACCCAAGUUUCCUUUUUGUUUAAAGACCCCGAGAGAGGUAUUUGCACAAAUGUAAUUUGUAUGCGCAAAGAUAGCGUGUAUAUAUUAAUAUUAAAAGUAUAUCGUAGACGUACUUUUAAUAAUUAAAAACCUGGUAAAAUGAGUCUCGCAAUGAUUCAAAGGAUUGCGAUAUCAAGCUGCAGAGGUAAAGUCGAUAUUGACGCGUACCGAAGGAUUUUACUGCCGAGCUUGAGCGUUUUGCGAGAAAGGACGGCGGUGACAGAGGCGGGAUCAUCUGUAUGUCACGCGUGCGUAAUUCACAAGAGGCCUUUUCACGAAUCUACGAUUUUAAGAGAAUUGGAAAGAAUUAACCCAAAGGAAAGUGGAAUUAGCGUGACAGAUGAUAUAUCCACGUUCCAAAUGAAUAAGAGACCGGCCAGAAGAAGCAGAGUUGUUAUAAAGGACGACAAGACUCCAAAGUCUAAUGCAUGGUCCGUAAAAGCAUUAACCACUGCUGAGGAAUAUGAUUUGGAAACCUUAGCUUACGGCCUGUUGGAUCAACAGUUAUAUAUUCCUGAUAAAAUAUCUACAUCAACUAAUCAGCAGACUCAUCAGACUCAUCAGUUGCUAUCAGCUGCUGGAAGUUGCCGGAAUGCCUUAUCUUCGUGCAUAAUACCGACAAGACAAAACAAACAAUGAGGUCAUUGAUCUAAUAUAACAAGACUCCAUGUCUGUAU